AUGUUCUUCGGAACACCGCACGGAGGUUCUGAUCCACGCGGGUUCCUUCACCAUGUUGCGGAAAGGCUCGUUAAAACCAUUGGGUUCACCUACAACAAACAUGUUGUCAACGCACUACUGCCAUCCGGUGAGCGCCUCAAGGAGCUACGAGACGAGUUCGGACCACUCGCAGAAGAACAGCAGUGGAUCAUACAUUCGUUCCAGGAGCAACAGGGAGUGGCAGCACUUGGUGGUGCAAAGGUCGUUGAAGACACCUCCUCCUAUCUCAAUCUUCCAGCAAGAGAAGUUUCGGAACAUAUCGAACGCAAUCAUAUGGAGAUGUGCCGCUUUACAGGAACCGAUGAUGUUGAGUAUAGAAAGGUGUCACGAGCAUUGCUGAGAAUGACUCAAACGGAAGCUCGAUCUGAAGAACCAUCGGUUCAGGCUCUACGGCCUUUGACUGACGAACACAAGCAGAUGCUUUUAGAGUCCUUGAAUUUCGAACAACUUGAGUCCCGACAGAGGAGCAUCAAGGAGGCCCACAAAAAGACAUGUCGAUGGUUUUUGAGCACUCCAGAAUACAAGAACUGGCUAGCCUUAAAUGAAUUGGGCGAACACAAUGGAUUCCUAUGGAUCAAAGGCAAGCCUGGAGCUGGGAAAUCGACACUGAUGAAGUUUGCCUCCGAGAAAACUCGUGAGAGACUUAGAGGUGUUACAAUUAUUUCCUACUUGUUCAAUGCAAGAGGGGAAGUUUUGGAGAAAUCCACGAUUGGUGCAUAUCGGUCACUGCUGCUACAACUCCUCCAGAAGAUACCCAGCCUCCAUGUAGUACUUGACUCUUUGAACGCCGCAACCCAAGUCAUCAGUCCGAUAUAUCAAUGGGAUAUCGCAGCCCUGAAGCAUCUGAUCAAGUUCGCGAUUCAGAAUCUCGGCAGUUCCUCAGUAAUCUGCUUCAUAGACGCGCUAGACGAGUGCGAAGAGGAUCAGGUCCACGACAUGGUACUCUUUCUCGAGCACAUCAGUGAGGCCAUACCAAAGGAGAAGAGCUUCCGCGUGUGUUUGGCGAGUAGACAUUACCCGCAUAUCAGCGUAAAACAUGGCCUGAGUUUGAUACUGGAGGGUCAUGAAGGCCACGAGGAAGAUAUCACAAAUUAUCUCAGCAACCAGCUAUACAUUGGACACUCGAAAUUAGCGGAAGCUAUACGAAGCGAAGUUCACGAAAAGGCUUCUGGAGUAUUCAUGUGGGUCGUCCUCGUUGUCGGCAUCCUGAACCAAGAAUUUCAACGGGGCCGCAUUCAUGCCCUCCGUCGCAAACUCCGCGAACUUCCGAAGGAUCUGCACAAAUUGUUUCGCGACAUCUUGACACGUGAUACCAAUAACAUGCCAGAGCUCGCUUUGUGUCUACAGUGGGUCCUGUUCGCAACAAAACCUCUGACCCCGGAGCAGUCAUACCACGCGAUACUUGCAGGUGUAGAAAAGGAACUGAGCCCGUGGGAUCCGAAAGAGAUAUCAGUAGACGACAUUUGCAGAUUUCUACUUGAUUGUUCAAAGGGCUUGACCGAGACCACCGGACCCAGAUCGGCUAAGAGAGUACAGUUCAUUCACGAGUCUGUACGAGAUUUUCUACUGAAAGAGGAUGGAUUUUCAACCAUCAAUUCUCGCUGGGGAGCUAACCUCCAUGCUCAAAGUUAUGAAACAUUGAAGAAUUGCUGCAUUAUUUCUUUGACAGCCGCAUCGGUACAGACAGCUCCCUUCUCUCAGGACAUUGAUCACAGGGAGUCUCUUUGGAUUCACCGAUACUCAACGAAUUCCAAACCCGUACAGCAUCGGCACAGUCGACGUCAAGAAACGAGCGGAACACACUGGCCAUUUUUAGAACACGACGCGCGAAAUGUCAUAUUCUAUGCUGACAAAGCUCAAGCCAGUGGCGUGGACCAGAAAGCCUUCCUGGCUACUUUUCCACUUGAAGUCUGGAUAGAAUACAUCAACAAUUUCGAGAAACAUGCGAUCCGCCGCUAUGAUCCAGCUAGUCAUCUCAGUCUCCUGUACAUCCUUGCGGAACGAAAUGCUGCACAUCUUUGUAAUAUAUUGGACUACAUACCAGCGUAUGUCCAAGUGGAAAUGCAACGUUAUGGAACCCCUCUUCUUGCAGCGUUGGCGACCGACAGUCUAGAUGUGGUGAAGCUCUUUCUCGAGGAUGAGAAAGCACAUCGAGGACGAUCACACCGACUAUUUCAAUACUACGAUGAGUACAUGAACAACUACUCACAAGAUGGUUACCUCAAAAGAGAUUUUGUGUACGUUCACGACGAAAGUGUCCUGUUGAACCUAGUCAGAUCUCACCAAGGUGCUAUGCUCCAAUUCUUGCUUGAAACAGGCCGAUUCGACGUCGAUUUUGACAUUGACAACGACGAAAACUUGUUCUUAUAUGCUUUGCAUAAUGGCCAGAAUGGCACAGGGAAACAAAUCUUUCAAUACGUAAGCGCGGAUACCAAGUCAGUGCUCCUAGACCUCGCUGUUGCAAAAAACCACUGGAGCUUCAUCAAAUUUAUACUUGAUGGAGAUAGCUGUGCUGCUCAUUUAUUGCCAAGGUUAUUGUCUCAAGCAAUCACAUUCGACAAGGCUCGGGUGGUAGGGCUGGUGUUGAAUCACAAGAAUUUUGAUACUGCGAACUUGUUUGGCGACUACUCGCUGUAUCCUGAGUCCUUCCUCUUUGACCUGGUUGGGAAAUACCCUUCAGAGACAUUACGCAUGAUUUUCCGCAAAGGACAAUUAAAGACAAAGCUGCUCGAGCAGCUGCUAUGCACAGAGAGCAUGUGGGAAACCACGUCAAACGGUUAUGACAAUUUUGGGUUCCAUUUCAAUUCUGAACUGGCCUGGUGGAUGAGCGAUGUAAUACAUCCUCUAGUCGAGCGAGAUGACAUGGAUAUCAACUGCCGAGAUGCCCAAGGAAGAACUCCCUUGUUUUUGGCUGCCUUUUUUGGUAAAUUCAGAGCUGUGAAACUUUUCACCAGAUUGGAUCAGGUCGACGUGAAUGCUCCAAGCGAGGGUGGCGAAACCCCCUUGAUGGCCGCUUUGUUUUCUCCUUGUAGCCAAAUCGUCGCGAAAAGCUUACUUGCGACAGGCAAGGUUAACCUCAAGCUCAAAGAUUCUCUUGGACGCGACGCCUUCUCAAUCGCGGCAAGUUUGCGGCCAGGCAAUCUGAGAGCUGACUUUAUCAUCGAGCACAAUCUUCCGCCACCGCAUCUCUCGGACCAUCUUCUAACACUCAAGAUCCUCUACGAAGCUGGAAAGCUCACAGAACACUUCGAUAUCAACUCGCAAGACAAGUGCGGACGGUCUCCUUUGCUAUGGGCUUGCACUGACCAGCCAGCUACAAGGUAUUCAGCAAAGGAUAGAUACGAGGUAGUCAAAUUUCUGCUUGGAAUAGAAAACAUUCUCCCGGAUCUGGCAGAUUUUUCAAGACGCACUCCGCUCUCUUGUGCAGCAGAAAACGGCUACGUUGAAGUGGCCGCACUAUUACUCGGUACAGACAAAGUCAAUGUCGCCUCGAAAGACAGUUCGGGACAUACACCUCGUUUUUACGCGGAUCAAAACAAGCAGACAGAGAUGCAAACAGCUAUCUUCCGGAAUUACGCAAGUCACUGCACCCUAUCUUUGGGGGAGCUAACACAGAGCAUGGAGCUUCACGUGGUCUUCAUCGACGCUGGAUACGCAAACCUGGAGCCUUUCACCGCUGUCUCAAAAUAUUUUUCCCGCCGUACAUCUAACACCAACGUCUUCGGUGCAUGCUUCGUCGCACAAGGCCUCGCACCGUUGGUCAAGCCCGGCGACACAACCGUCUUCACGACCUCGAUCGCAAAACCACCGUGGUAUUCUAGGCAUGCUUAUCUACGCGCAGCGAGUAAAGUCGCAGUGUACUCGUGCAUGCAGACGUUGAGUGCGGAGCUGGCAUAUCAGAGUGUCCGCGUAAAUUCUGUCCGCCUUGAUGACGCCGCUUGGGGGAAUGAGGAGGGCAGAGGAAGCGGGGAGGGCGGUAUUGUUUCUGGGGUACGAGACUACGUUUUCGACGUUUUCGACGGGGAUCUGGCGGUGCUGGAGAAGAUGGAUGAUCGAAUGUGGUUGAUUGGAAAGGCGCCGAGACGAUUUGUGCAGGAGUUGCUCUAG